AUCGGACUAGUACUUGUGAAGGCUUUCUCCCGUGCAUUGACGUUUGGAAUAUAGUUAUGGGUGGUGUCAAAUGUUGAAAUAUUGAUUUACUGCGAAUUUGACCAAUAGUGUGUUAAGACUGUGUGUUCCGUUUUAGAGGAUGGUCCCCGGUUAUAUUGACUUCAGAAGGAAUUCUAAGCACCGACAAAGGAGGGUUGUUGACAAUCAAUUCCACGAACAAACGACAGUGUUUGGUGAUACGUAUUCAAACCUAAUGAGAGACUGAAAAACGUCAUCAUAUUGUGAAACUGUUUGGAUGGGAAUACCAGGAUAUUUGGAUGUUCUUUUGGCCCUGUUUGGCCUGAACUAUUACUAACAUUUGAGUAUUUCACUGGUUCAGAUAGGACGGGCGUGCUACCACAGUCAGGUCUUCGGUUGACCCCGUUGGGGCGGGAAUACCAGACUAUUUGUUUGUUCUAUAUGCACAGUUUGGACGGGAGUUCAAGCAGCCACGGUUAUUUCGGACCCUUGUUGGCCUCGAGGGCUGGAAGGGAGAUCCAAGCUGAUCCCAGGCUGAUUAACCCAAAUAGAUGGUCCCGAAAGAUCGUUCCGUCCGCUUGCGUGUCAUGCCCGAACAGAGCAACGACUACCGCGUGGUAGUGUUCGGGGCCGGAGGUGUGGGGAAGAGUUCUCUCGUGCUCCGGUUUGUGAGGGGCACAUUCAGGGAAAGUUACAUCCCGACCAUCGAGGACACUUACAGGCAGGUGAUCAGCUGUAAUAAACAGGUGUGUACCCUACAAAUCACAGACACAACGGGCAGCCACCAAUUUCCCGCCAUGCAACGAUUGUCAAUUUCUAAAGGACACGCCUUUAUUCUGGUGUACUCUAUCACAAGUAGGCAAUCUCUCGAGGAGCUCAAACCAAUAUUCGAUGAAAUUGCGGAAAUCAAAAGUGAAAUGGAAGGUAUACCUACAAUGUUAGUGGGAAAUAAGUGUGAUGAAACGAACCGUGAGGUACCCCAAAGAGAAGGGGCGGAAUUAGCAAAAAAGUGGAAUUGUGCUUUCUUAGAAACGUCAGCCAAGACUAAUUACAACGUAAAAGAAUUAUUCCAGGAACUGUUACAGUUGGAGAAAAGGAGAACUAUGAGUUUACAAUUAGAGACGAAGAAAACCAAAUCACAGAAACGCAAGGAAAAGUUGAAAGGCAAAUGCACCGUUAUGUAAAACAAAACAAAAAACAUGCAAUGGACGUGAAUCUGUAUAUAUGUGUAGCAUUACGUCCGUAGCCUUACUCCGAGCACGUGUUGGAGUGUAGAUAGUUUUACAUUUCAUCACGUUCCUAUACACAUAGACCUGUACUACUCAGUAGCUGGAUAUGAGGGUUCAUCUGUCCGUCUCUUUGUCCGAUUGAAUAUUGGAAAUCUGUCUGAAAAGUGACGCAUUUUCAUCCUAGUAGUUACGGAAUGCCAAUCAUCGACACAUUUCCAAUAUUGUAAAUAUAUUCCUAAAUGGAGACAAAUGUUGGCGGAUUUUGUGAUCGAUCUGGCAGCUGGAUGUUUACCGCUUGAUCGAUGUGUUGAUCCGGUAGUCCAGCCGGCCUGUCAGGUGUCAGCACUUCGUCACGGAAGAGUUACCUCUCAUUAUCUUUUAAUUACUCACCAGGGGCCGCUUUCUCUGCAAAACAGUGUACAGACAGCGUCCUCUAGUUCUUUCUUACGGGCGGGGGUGUAUGUAUUAUUGUUACUGACUUACAGAGUUAUAUCAUAGAAACACAAACUCUCCACUCCAAGUUUAUCUUCUGAGAUGUCUGCUUUCAUUUACUCGUGGUGUUUCUUAUCUAAUGAAAGUUUUGUUAAAUCUUUUGAAGAAAUAAACAACAAUGCAGUAAUCGAUUGGUAGACUUGAUUUGCCCUAGUUAGAACGAUUGUGUCAUUCUUGUCGCUGAAACCAGGUGUAAACAGUUAUUACUUAAGACAAUGAUAAUUAUGUUGAUAUAAGCGUCUGUGAUGUAUAGAAGUUCUUUACCCGUACGUAGAUAACAGAAUAACGCAUAGUGAACAAGAAGGAAUUUGAAACAUGUUAGACUUACCUCAACCUUUUCUCCAUACUGCUUUUCUAGGAUCAGCUGGAUUCCGUAGUAAAUGCAACCAUUUUGAGACGAAAGAGUCCGAUACAGAGACACUAGGAAACACUGUGAUUUAUAAAAAUAAGUUUCAUGUGUAUCUUAUUUAACAGGUAUUGAAUGAUACAUUAUCUACAGGUAUUGUAUGAUACAUCAUCUACAG